UCUCUCUCUGUCUCUCUCUGUCUCUGUCUGUGUCUCGGCCUCUGUCUCUGUCUCUGUCUGUCUGUGUCUCGGCCUCUGUCUCUGUCUCUGCCUCUGCCUCUCUCUCUGUCUCUGUCGCUCUCUCUCUCUCUGUCUCUGUCUCUGUCUCUGUCUCUGUCUCUGUCUCUGCCUCUGUCUCUGUCUCUGCCUCUGUCUCUGUCUCUGUCUCUGUCUCUGUCUCUGUCUCUGUCGCUGUCUCUCUCUCUGCCUCUGCCUCAGGCUCUGGGCGUCCCAGUUGAGCGGCAGGUGGGAGUGUUGCUUUGUGUUUACAUUCCCGCCCCGUGCCGGCCCGAGCCGUCCUGACCAAACCUGCCUACUCACAGCUUUCCUCUCUCACUUCCUCCACCCACUUCCUGACUGUGAGAGGAGGCUACAGGCUUGCUCCAUGAAUGAGCGGUGGAGAGGGGCAGAUGCAGCUGUGGGCAGCUUGCCAGAGUGUGAAGGACAGGGAAGGGAGAGGGGCAGAGAGAGUGAGGAAUGUGCCAGUGUGUGUGUGGGCUGGUGAUCACCAUGCCUGUGUGCUGGGUGUCGCUGCUGCUGCUGUUCUGUUGCCAGCUUGUGAAUCUCUCUGGGGCAGGGGUACAGGUGGGCAGCAUGGAUGGAUUGGAGCCCGCGGUGCCCAGUAGCGGCGCUGACAGCUCCUCACCCACAACGGGCAGAGGAACCCACAUCACAGGAGCAGCUUCCACCCGCCAACAACCCGCUUCAGCUGCAGACGGACUCCACAGGAAGAGCCUUCUGGACGAGCUGACGGAUUACACAUUUGUGUUCCCGUACGUGGUCUCUGGGAAGAGGAAGCGGAGUCUAGCGACUGUUCCCCAGGGCACGUACCCAGAGCACGUCAGCAUCAUGGUGGAGGUCCCGGGGGAGCGGCUGAUCCUGGACCUUCGUCGCAACACGCUGCUGCUGACGAAGGGGUUCCAGGUCUCUCACUACGACUCGAGCGGCACCCUGGUGACGGAGACUCUGGUGAACGGGACCUUGGGGACGGAGGAGGACUGGCAGCCGGGUUUGUGUUACUACGAGGGGUCGGUCAGAAGCCUGCGGGGCUCUGCGGUGUCAGCCAGCACCUGCUCAGGACUCAGCGCCCUGAUUGUCCUCAGUAACCGGACCUACGUCAUCGAGCAUCUGAGGGGAUCUGUGAGCGGGCAACAUUUGAUGUACAGGCCUGAAGAUGUGAAGUGGGUACCGGGCCAGUGUGGAGUGAAAAACACAUCCCCUGCAUCCAACCUGGCCAAGCAACUGCAGCAACUGCACCGGAUGAAGAGGGAUGUCCUGCAGGAGAUGAAGUACAUCGAGCUGGUGUUGGUGACCGACAACGCAGAGUACCAGUCUUACGGGAGCAACAAGGCAAGGGUGACACAGAGGAUGAUCAACGUGGCCAAUGCCAUUGACCUGUACUACAGAACAUUCAACAUCCGCAUCGCUCUGAUUGGGGUUGAGGUGUGGACCAGAGACCAGAUCGUGGUGGAAAGGGACGCUCAGAUAACGCUGGCACGCUUCCUAAAUUGGAGGGAGAAAGUCUUACUCCCACGACUCUACAAUGACAACGCCCACCUCAUCUUGGGCGGCAUUUUUGACAAGGGGACCGGGGGCCUGGCAUCCUUUGGCUCCAUUUGUUCAACAAGCAAUUCCGGAGGAGUAAACCUGGACAUCCACCCCAGCUUCCUGAUGGUGUCGGCCACCCUGGCCCAUGAGCUGGGUCACAACCUGGGACUGACCCACGACACAACGGAACGCAACUGUGUCUGUGAGACCCGAUUCACUGGCUGCAUCAUGGACACUGCACUGGGCUUUGAGAUCCCCACCAUGUUCAGCAGCUGCAGCCGAGAGGACCUGGAGAACAGCCUGCGGCACGGGGUGGGGGUCUGCCUGUUCAACCUGCCGCCUCUACACCUGCUGGUGGAGGGGCCCGAGUGCGGCAACAUGUACCUGGAGGAGGGCGAGGAGUGCGACUGCGGCAAGGCCACGGAAUGUUCGGAUCGCUGCUGCCAUCCUUUGACGUGUAAACUCAUCCCAGGGGCUGUGUGCUCAUCCACUGGUGCCUGCUGUAAGGACUGCAAUUUCCUCCCAGCAGGCACGGUGUGUAGGCCCAGACGCGGAGAGUGCGACCUGCCCGAGUUCUGCACGGGAAGCUCCCAAGAUUGCCCCAACAAUCACUACAUGAAAGAUGGCUACACCUGCAGCAACGGGAACUUGUUCUGCAACCAGGGGCUCUGUCAGUCUGCAGACAAGCAAUGCCAGGAGAUCUGGGGCGAUGGUGCGAUGUCGGCCGAGCCGAUCUGCUAUGAAGUAACUAACGGAGAAGGAAACCAGUAUGGCAAUUGUGGCCAGAACGAAAACAACGAGCAUAUUGCAUGCCAAGCUGAGGACGUCCUUUGCGGGAAGAUGCAGUGUAAGGGGGGAAGUGAAAAGCCCAUCCGUGGAGGCAAUGUGCACAUCAUCACCAGCACGCUGCGCUUCCGGGGUGUCAAGCACGAGUGCCGGGCCACCUACACCACCUUCGAGGAUGCCAGUAGCUCUGACAUCAUCCGCCCGGGCACCAAGUGUGGGCACCAGAAGGCCUGUAUUAAUGCCAAGUGCCAGAACAUAGCCCAGUUGCAUGUGGGAAGCUGCCAGAAGACGUGUAACAACAAUGGGGUGUGUAACAAUAAUGGCAACUGUUUCUGUGAUCAGGGCUGGUCUCCUCCUUACUGCAAUUCCAGCGGCACGGGCGGCAGCCUCGACAGUGGGCCAAUGCCAGCUGAACAACCAGUCUCAAACGUGACGGAGGUUGUGGACUUGACCAGCACCACACAGCACAGUCCCACACAGUCACCAGUCUCAAACGUGACGGAGAUCGUGGACUUGACCAGCACCACACAGCACAGUCCCACACAGUCACCAGUCUCAAACGUGACGGAGAUCGUGGACUUGACCAGCACCACACAGCACAGUCCCACACAGUCACCAGGGCCACUGGGCUGGAGAACGCUGCUACCCGCCGUGUUGGUGCCGCUCCUGAUCCUGACUGCCGGUGGUCUGAUCGCCGGCUGGGUGCUGAGGAAGAAAAAAUACAUCGGGACCACCAGGACUGAGAACACCUUUGUGUUUGCGUCAGAGGAGAUCGUUCACAAGCACAGAACUCACAUUCACGGGGUGACGGGGUUACCUGACCCACUGCCUAACACCAUGGUGUGACCCAGAGAGAGAUUCAGACAUGGACCAGAUAACUCCAGCAAGUGAUUAAUGUGUGGCACCUGGCAUCACAUCACUUUGUAUUUAACUCCAGAAUACCAGGGGAAGGGCUGCUGAUCAGAGACAAUCCUGGUGAAUCUGAUCAAUCUGCCACUGAAGCAAACAUUUACAAGAAAGUAUCAGUGUGAUAUGAUGAGCAAUUGUUACACACAGUGUUGUAAACAUCGAUUAUUUAUUCAACAACCACCGAGUCCGCAUCCGACCAGCGAUCCCCGCACAUUAACACUAUCCUACAUACCCUAGGGACAAUUUACAUUUAUACCAAGACAAUUAACCUACAACCCUGUACGUCUUUGGAGUGUGGGGGGAAACUGAAGAUCUCGGAGAAAACCCACAUGGUCACAGGUAGAACGUACACACUCCGUAGACAGCACCCGUAGUCCGGAUCGAACCCGGGUCUCUGGCGCUGUAAGGCAGCAACUGUACUGCUGCGCCACCGUGCCGCCCUUAAAUGCAUUUGGAAAGGAAACCAAGAAAUAGAAACAUAGAAAAUAGGUGCAGGAGGGGGACAUUCAGCCCCUCGAGCCAGCACCGCCAUUCAUUGUGAUCAUGGCUGAUUGUCCCCUAUCAAUAACCCGUGCCUGCCUUCUCCCAAAUAUCCCUUGACUCCACUAGCCCCAAGAGCUCUAUCUAACUCUCUCUUAAAUCCAUCCAGUGACUUGGCCUCCACUGCCCUAGUGUAAAGUAUUGGUAAAAUGGUCAUUUUCAUUUGCGGGCAGUUAUGACAACACAAUAUUAUAAUUUAGUACAUAGGACUAUGACUAUGACUAUGCCUUAGAGAUGUAAGGAAACUUCCAAACAAUCUCUAAGGUUUUGUGAUGGACAUUGGUCAGAAUUUCUAUUUCCAUUUACAAGAUAUCACAAGAAAUAUGUUCAUGAUUUUACACAACUGAUCUAGAUCAAGAGGUUGGCAGUGAUUCAGGAUUUCAUUUGAGUUUUCAGACCUAAGAUGUAGGCCUCGCUGGCUAUCUCGGAAUGAACAGCACUCACUCCAAAGGUUUGUAGGUUAGUUGGCUUUGUAUAAUUGUAUUGUACAAUUCGUCGGAAAAGAUUGUGAAUUGGCCCUAGUUGGUGUAGGAUAGAGCUAGUAUACGGGCAUCGCUGGUCGGCACGGACUUGGUGGGCUGAAGGGCCUGUUUCCACGCUGUAUCUCUAAACUAGAUAACUCUUGUGCCAUGUAAAUAGUAACGUGCUUUUUCACGGAAGAAUUAUACUUGAACAUAGAACAGUACAGUACAGCACAGAGCAGGCCCUUUGACCCACAAUGUCUGUGCCAGGCUAAAGUUGGUUCCUGUACCUGCAUCCCUUCAUCUCCUCCAUCCCAUCUCCCUCAUCUUAUACCACCAUACCUGCCUCCACCACCACCCCCAGCAUUAGUCCCUGUGCUGCCAGGACAUCUCCGUUAAACGUUGCCCUUCUUAUCUUAAAGCGAUGCCAUUGUUAUUUGGAAUUUGCACUCUGUCUACCCCAUCGUGCCUCUCACAGCCAUCAAGCUGUACAGCACAGAAACAGGCCCUUUGGCCCAUCUUAUCCAUGCCACCAAGUUGUCAUACUGGGCUAGCCCCAUUUGCCUGCUCUUGGCCCGUAUCCCUCUAAACAUUUCCCAUUCAUAUAUCCGUCCAAAUGUCCUUUAUCCGUUGUAAUUGUUUCCCCUUCUAUAGGUUCCUCUGGCUGAGUGAAAAAGUUUCCCCUGAAAUUAACUAACGUUGCUAACUUUCUCACUCCCAAAUAAGGGACAAAAGGUCAAAAUACGGGACAAAUUCCCCAUGGCAUUUUGUUGACCGACUCGGCCGUGGCUGGGUGAAUGAUGAGUUGACCCGGGUGCUGGACUGUACACAAAGCCCAGCCGGCGGGCCAGCUGAGGAGUUUUGGUCCCGGCACCCCAUCUAACUCAUGAACCGAUGAUCGGCAAUGAGAAGGGGUGGUGGUGGUGGUGUCGGCGGUAGGUGAAGGUCCGAAGAUCGGACAGCUGGCUGGGCUGCCGAACGACCGACGGGGCCACUGGUGAGGCGCUGCUGCUGCUGCUGCUGCACUCCAUGGGCUGCACUACGUCGGGAUGGUGAGGCGGGGGCCGGACGCAGCGCUCCGACCCGACAGUCCCCUCGUCCCGAGUAGUAGCGGUCAAAUACGGGACAAGAGCCGUCCUGUAUGGGACAAACCAAUUUAGCCCAAUAUACGGGAUGUCCCGGCUAAUACGGGACAGUUGGCAAACCUACCCGAGGACCAUCUUAAAUCUCACCCCUCUCAUCUUAGGCCUAUGCUCUCUAGUUUUAGAAUCCUCUACCCUGGGAGAAAGUCAACAGACAAUAGACAAUAUACAAUAGGUGCAGGAGGAGGCCAUUCGGCCCUUCGAGCCAGCACCACCAUUCAAUGGGAUCAUGGCUGAUCGUCCCCUAUCAAUAACCCGUGCCUGCCUUCUCCCCAUAUCCCUUGUCUCCACUAGCCCCUAGAGCUCUAUCUAACUCUCUGUUAAAUCCAUCCAGUGACUUGGCCUCCACUGCCCUCUGUGGCAGGGAAUUCCACAAAUUCACAACUCUCUGGGUGAAAAAGUUUUUACUCACCUCAAUCUUAAAUGACCUCCCCUUUAUUCUAAGACUAUGGCCCCUGGUUCUGGACUCCCCCAACAUUGGAAACAUUUUUCCUGCAUCUAGCUUGUCCAGUCCUUUUAUAAUUGUAUAUGUCUCUAUAAGCUCUCCCCCUCAUCCUUCUGAACUCCAGUGAAUACAAGCCUAGUCUUUUCAAUCUUUCCUCAUAUGACAGUCCUGCCAUCCCAGGGAUGAAUCUCGUGAACCUACGCUGCACUGCCUCAAUCACAAGGAUGUCCUUCCUCAAAUUAGACCAAAACUGUACACAAUAGUCCAGAUGUGGUCUCACCAGAGCCCUAUACAACUGCAGAAGCACCCUUUGUGUGAAAAAGUUGCCCCUCAGAUUCCUGCUAAACCUUUUCCCCCAUUAUCUUAAACUCAUGUCCUCUGGUCCUCUAUUCCCCUACUCUGGGCAAGAGACUCUGUGCAUCUACCCGAUCUAUUCCUCUCAUGAUUUUAUACACUUUAGCCAAAAAAAAUCUUGUUGAUAGGUUUCAAAUCUGAAAUGUUACUGAUGGAAAAAUCUUCGUGCUGGAGGAACUCGGUGGGUCGGGCCAAGAGUGUCUAAUUGUCAUGUGGAACAAUGACAUUCUUACUUGCUGCACUUUACAGGCCCGUUAAUGCAAUAACACACUUAUAAAGUUGAAUACAAAAAUUAAUAACCAAUUAUAGGAGAUAAUUGUGCAAAACCAAAUUCUGCCGACAAAGAUACUUGUCACUGAGGUUAGUGCAGUGAAUGAAUGAAUGGAUAAGUUUAUUGGCCAAGUAUUCACAUACAAGGAAUUUGCCUUGGUGCUCUGCCCACAAGUGACAACAUGACAUACAGUGACAGUUACGAAUGACUCAUAAAACAUUAAACAUUAAUAAUAAAACAUUAUCGAUUAAACAUGUGAAUUAAAUAAAAUAACAGAGAGAAAGAAGGCUACAGAUUUUUGGUUAUUGAGUAGAGCUACGACUCGUGUGGAAGAAAGCUGUUUUUAUGUCUGGCUGUGGCAGCUUUGACAAUCCGGAGUUGCCUUCCAGAGGGAAGUGAUUGAAAGAGUUUGUGGCCAGGGUGAGAGGGGUCAGAGAUGAUCUUGCCCGCUCGCUUACUGGCCCUUGCAGUGUACAGUUCAUCAAUGGAGGGAAGGUUGCUGCCAACAACCUGAUCAACAACCCGAUGGUUGCCGCAAGAAGCUGUUCUUCGACUCAGUCCCGCAGCAUCAGUGGAGAGAAUGGACAGAGAACUGGGACUGAAGAAGGGUCUCAAUUCAAAACGUUGUUUGUCCACUCCCUCCACAAAUGCUGCCUGACCCGCUGAGUUCCUCCACACUUUGUGUUUUGCUCAGGAUUCAGUGCUUUACUUAUUCCAACAACGAUGACAUAUCUUGUGUCUCCAUCUGAACGUGAAACUCCCAUUGCAUGUUCACUAAUGCACGCUGUCUGUGAUGAUGGCAGGCAUGCCAUGCUCAGCCUGUGGUGUUGUUGAGUAGUGUGUGGCAGACAGGGUCACUGCUGGCCUAGCCUGGCCGUAGUCCACUCCCCACUGGCUCUGGCCACUCCCUACUCGUCACCCCCCACUGGCCACUGGUCACUCCCCACUGGCCACUCUCCACUGGUCACUCCCCACUGGCUCUGGCCACUGGUCACACCCCACUGGUCACUUCCCACUGGCCACUCCACACUGGCCCUACUGGCCACUGGUCACCCCCACUAGCCACUCCCCACUGGCCACUCCCUACUGACUGGCCACUCCCCACUGACUCUGGCCACUUCCCACUGGCUCUGGCCACUCCUCUGUCUCUACAGUGGGUCAGGUAGCUGUUGAGGCAAGAGUGUCACAUGUACUGACAAUGGAACCAUGAAAUGCUUACAUGUUGAAUCGAAAUAAAUGUGUACACAAUAAUAGAUAUUAUAGAAUAAACAAACCAAUUGAAUGUAUGAAUAAUGGCAUUUGUCACCAACAUGGAUCGGGGCAUUGUGUAUGAUCAAUAUCACAGCUCGUUCCAGAUGUGGACCACCUUGCAUGAACAGGUGGCCCUCUGUUGCACCUGAGGUCUCUCCGACACCUCUCCCCGUCACUGUAAGCCUCUGCCUUGUACCACCACCACCCUCUGAGCCCUUUAGUUUUAGAAUCAUCGUGCAGUUUAGUUUAUUGUCACGUGUACCAAGCUGCAGAGAAGAGCUUUUUUGUUGUGAGCGGAGAGACUAUAUAUGAUUAUGAUCCAGCUGCCCACAGUGCACGGAUACAGAAUAAAGGGAAUAACGUUGAGUGAGUGGAGAUUACGAAGAACAUACUGUAGUUAAAGUAAGAAACGCUAUUCUACUAUGGAGAAGAAACUAUGAGCUUUCACUUUAUCCGUGCCCCUCGUGAUCAUGUACACCUCCAUAAGGUCACCCCUCAGCCUCUUAAGGGGCUGUCCCACUUGGGCGAACUAAUCUGCGAGUUCUGGAGAGAUUGCCCUCGACUCAUACUCGCAGCAUGGUCGACACGAGGUCCUAGGAGGUCUUUGUAACUCUCCUUCAUGCUCGAGAGUGGUCCCCGCGUACUCGAGGCCUCAGCUAGGUCGCGGCGUUUUUUUAAACAUGCUGAAAAAUGGCCGCGAGUAAAAAAAGGUCGCUAUGGAAAAAAUCGAUACUUUUUUCACUCGGAGGUUUAGUCAUAGGAGGUCGUAGUAGGUCGGCAUGUUAGACGUAGGUAAUCGAGGGAAGUCGAAGGUAGUCGUAGAUAAUCUUCAUCAUAGUCGAAGGGAGA